AUGUCGUUCCCGUCGAUUCCUGUGCCCAACGAUUUUAACAACGUCCUGUACAAGCCCCUCGCUGAGGCUGACCCUGAGGUGCAGCAGAUCAUCGACAAUGAGACAUACCGUCAAUUCACCGGUCUCGAGCUCAUUGCCUCGGAGAACUUGACGUCCCUCGCCACGAUGGAGGCUAACGGUUCGAUCCUCACGAACAAGUAUUCAGAGGGUCUGCCCGGCGCUCGUUACUACGGUGGUAACGAGUACAUCGACCAGCUCGAGGAACUUUGCCGGAAGCGUGCGCUUGAGGCGUUUGAUCUCGACCCGAAAGUGUGGGGCGUCAACGUCCAGCCCUACUCGGGCUCGACGGCCAACUUUGCUGCCUUCACGGCAUUGAUCCAGCCCCACGACCGCAUCAUGGGUCUUGGCCUGCCUGAUGGUGGCCACCUGACGCAUGGUUACUACACUGCGAAGAAGAGGAUCACUGCUUCGUCCAUUUACUUCGAGUCGUUCCCUUACCAAGUGAAGCGCGACGACGGCUACAUUGACUACGAGCGUCUUCGUAUUAACGCUAACCUGUACAAGCCUCGUUUGCUCGUGUGCGGUGGCUCUGCUUACCCCCGUGACUGGGAAUACGCCACCCUGCAUGAGAUCGCCAAGGAGCACGGUGCUUACUUGCUGUGCGACAUGGCCCACAUCUCUGGUCUUGUUGCUGGCAAGGAGCAGAACAGUCCGUUUGAGUACUGUGAUGUUGUCACGACGACGACGCACAAGACGCUGCGUGGCCCGCGUGCCGGCCUCAUUUUCUUCCGCAAGGACCGCGAGGCUGAUCUGGAGGCCCGCGUAAACGCUGCUGUUUUCCCUGCAUGCCAGGGUGGCCCCCACAACAACACUAUUGCCGGCAUUGCCGUGGCCCUCAAGCAGGCCGCCGACCCUGCGUUCAAGCAAUACGCCAAGCAGGUGCGUGCUAACUCGCAAGCUAUUGCCAAGAAGCUCGUGUCGUACGGCUACCGCCUCCAGACCGAGGGCACGGACAACCAUCUCGUGCUCUGGGACCUGCGUCCAAUUGGCCUCACCGGUUCGAAGAUCGAAAAGCUUUGUGACCUUGUGCACAUUACGCUCAACAAGAACGCUGUCGCCGGCGACACGUCGGCUGUGGUCCCGGGUGGUAUCCGUAUUGGCACCAACGCCCUCACGUCGCGUAGCAUGACCGAGAAGGACAUGGAGACGAUCGGUGAGUUCCUGCACCGUGUCGUUGAAAUCGCACAGACGCUUCAAAAGGAGGCUGGCUCUAAGCUUCUUAAGGAUUUCAUCGCCAAGGCCUCGUCAGGCGAAGGCGAGGGCCGCAAGCAGCUCCUAAAGCUCGCUGAUGACGUCAAGGCUUUCGCGACCAGCUUCCCUCUUCCUGGUGUGCCGGACACGAGCGUCAUUAAGCAGCCCGCUGGCGCCCACUAA